AUGAUGGAUGUCAAGCAAAGCUACAGGAAAACAAUCGCCGCUCGAAGGGAGAAGAAGAAUCGAACAGGCCUCACAGAAGAGCAGAAGCAAGAGAUCCGAGAGGCGUUCGACUUGUUCGACACCGAUGGAUCCGGAACCAUUGACGCCAAGGAGCUCAAGGUCGCCAUGAGGGCACUUGGAUUCGAGCCAAAGAAAGAAGAAAUCAAAAAGAUGAUUGCCGACAUCGACAAGGAUGGCUCGGGGACGAUCGACUUCGAGGAAUUCCUCCAGAUGAUGACGGCCAAAAUGUCGGAGAGGGACUCUCGAGAAGAGAUCAUGAAAGCCUUCCGUCUGUUCGACGACGACAACACAGGCAAAAUAUCCUUCAAGAAUCUGAAGCGCGUGGCAAAGGAACUUGGGGAGAACAUGACCGACGAGGAGCUUCAAGAAAUGAUCGACGAGGCAGAUCGGGAUGGUGACGGGGAGGUCAACGAGGAGGAGUUUUUCCGCAUCAUGAAGAAGACCUCGCUUUUCUAA